AUGACAGUUCGAGAAUGGUUUCGCCAAGAAGCGGGCCUGAAUGGGGGCGGGCCCCAGGACUUUGGGCAUCAUCAUGGUGCGGAAAAACGAGCACUUCCGAACGAGGAGACCACGCAAUUGCCAAGAUUUGAGGUAAACCGUGGUGUCUUUCUCGAUGACGACUAUAUGGGCUACCAGAUGGGCUACCGGCAUGUAAGCCCAUGGCUUGAAAAGGUCUUCAACAAGUACGCCGGAAAGCAGCCGGAUCCGGGGAACCAUCCAAUGGACUUUGGGCGUCACAAGUACACCCCGGUCCCGCGGCCUUAUCUG